AUGGGAAACGGAGGACAAAGACCCAGGCGGGAGUGGUGGUGGAUUGCCCUACGUCUCUCUUUGAUUCUGUGUUUUCGGGGACAUGCUUUUGCGCAGAUAAGAUAUUCAAUUCCGGAAAAUGUCCGGGCAGGAUCUAUCGUUGGGAAUAUCGCAAAGGAUUUGGGUCUUGAUGUUGGUGCUUUGAAAGAGAGAAAAUUCCGUAUUGUCUCCGGAUCCGAUGUUGCUCUGUUUCAGGUAAAUCAGAACAAUGGCGCGUUGUAUGUGGACAAGAAUAUUGACAGAGAGGAGCUGUGUGAUGCUAUCGCAGUUUGCCUGAUGAAUUUGAAAACCGUUGUUGAAAAUCCACUCGAAAUACAUUAUAUAGGAGUGGAGAUUACGGACGUAAAUGACAAUUCCCCGUCCUUCUCUGAACAUAAUCUCCAUUUAGAAAUAUUCGAGAAUACCCUUCCUGGUACACGCUUUGAACUACCUUUGGCAAGAGACCUGGACGCCAGUAUUAAUUCCGUUCGUCUUUAUAAGUUAAAUCAUAAUGAUUAUUUCCAGCUGCAGCUCAAAGAUAAUGAAGAUGAAGGCAAAUUUUUGUUUUUAGUGCUUGAAAAAACUUUGGAUAGGGAGAAAAACGCCAAGCACAUAUUGCAUGUGACUGCAGUAGACGGUGGGAAUCCUCCAAAAUCCGGAACUUUAAACAUCACCGUAGCAGUUCUCGAUACAAAUGAUAACAGACCUGUAUUCAGUCAGGAAGUUUAUUCUGCAACACUUCAAGAAAACGCUCCAUUUGGAACAGUUGUAAUUGUAGUGAAUGCAACUGAUGCUGAUGAGGGUAUUAAUGGAAAGGUUGAAUAUACGUUGGGAAGAUCUUUGAAAACAAUGGUAAAUGAUUUAUUCACUUUAGACAGCAUCACCGGAGAAAUCAGAGUAAAAGGUCCGAUUGACUUUGAAGAAAACGAGGUAUAUCGUUUAAAUGUCCAGGCUACCGACAAGGGAACACCUCCAAUGACUACGGAUUGCAGAGUUAUAAUAAGAAUAAAAGAUGUAAAUGAUAACACGCCAGAGAUUGAGGUAACGUCUCUCUCCAAUAUGGUCUCUGAAAGUUCCAAACCAGGAAAUGUGAUUUCACUUAUUAGCGUUGUCGAUAAAGACUCUGGCGAUAAUGGCAAAGUAGUGUGUCGCAUAUCAGAUAAUAUACCGUUUGAACUGAAACAUUCAGGGCAAGAUAAUUUGUAUUCACUUGUAACAAAGGGACAUCUGGAUAGAGAGGCCGUGUCACACUAUGCUAUUACCGUUUCAGCUACAGACCUAGGACACCCACCUCUUUCUUCAUUCAAAACUCUUCAUGUACAAUUGUCAGAUGUUAAUGACAACAGUCCAGAAUUUCCCCAAAAUCCACUGUAUCUGUAUUUAGCGGAAAAUAAUGUUCCUGGCUCAUCCAUAUUCUCUGUCAGCGCGUCAGAUAAAGAUGACAAUGAAAACGCUUUAAUCUCUUAUCAAAUAGCAAGAGGCAAUGGUUCGCAAAUUGACAUGACAUCUUUCCUGAACAUUAAUUCUGAUACCGGUAUUAUCCAUGCGCUGAAAAGCUUUGACUUUGAAACAGUGAAAACUUUCCAAUUUCACGUGAUUGCCAAGGACUCUGGAACACCUUCCCUUAGUAGUAAUGUGACAGUUAACGUGUUCAUAUUAGAUCAGAAUGACAACACACCGGUAAUACUUUCUCCAGUUAGCAGUAACGGCUCCGCUGAAGGGGUGGAGGAGAUUCCACGCAAUGUCAAUGCAGGCUACUUAGUGACUAAAGUCAGAGCGUACGACUCUGAUAUUGGUUACAACGGCUGGUUACUUUUUACUCUUCAAGAAGUUACAGACCACACUCUUUUUGGAUUGGACCGCUACACAGGACAAAUUAGGACUCUCCGCCCAUUCACGGAAACAGACGAUGCUGAGCAUAAACUGGUCAUACUGGUCAAAGACAAUGGAAACGUUUCACUUUCAGCAACAGCAACUUUGAAAAUAAAGCUUGUGGAGCCAAAAGAGGCGUUUGCAGCGUCUGAUAUGAAGAACGCAGUAAAAGAAGACGAUGACACUAAUGUGACAUUUUACUUGAUAAUAACCUUAGUGUCAGUUUCAGCCCUUUUUCUAAUAAGCGUAAUUACUUUAAUCGCCAUGCAAUGCUCAAAACGCACAGACUACAAUUCCAAGUUCUUACAAGACACAAAUUACGAUGGAACAUUGUGCCACAGCAUCCAGUACAGAUCCGGAGACAAACGGUACAUGCUAGUUGGCCCUAGAAUGAGCAUCGGCUCCGCGAUUGUUCCGGGAAGUAACGGGAAUACCCUUGUGUUACCGGAUCACAGAGGGGGAACGUCUCGGGAGGUAAGAGACGAUGACAUCUGUUUAAGAAUUCUAGCUGGGCCAUUUUAA